AAGAUAGACGCAGAAUACACAGCAUCUUGAGCCAGGGCUUAAAUUCAUCCCUGUCUGCCUGGCUCCUCGCAAAGCUCUGCCUGUCAGCCUUCCUCUAUCUCCUCUCAAGACACUAAUAUUCCUUUAAAAAGUACCAUAAUUCUGGAUUCUGUGGAAUUACUUAGGUGGCAAAAGGGAUCAUGGUGCAUACCAUAGGAAUGAUUGAAGAUUGCGGGAAAAGAGGAAAUACCAUGGCAGAAAGAAGGCAGCUGUUUGCAGAAAUGCGGGCUCAAGAUCUGGAUCGCAUUCGUUUGUCCACCUACCGAACAGCAUGUAAACUUAGAUUUGUUCAGAAGAAAUGCAACUUGCACCUGGUGGACAUUUGGAACGUGAUAGAAGCCUUGAGGGAAAAUGCCCUCAACAACCUGGAUCCCAGCAUCGAACUGAAUGUGGCUCGCCUCGAAGCCGUGAUUUCAACCAUUUUCUACCAGCUCAACAAACGGAUGCCGACGACCCACCAGAUCAAUGUGGAGCAGUCCAUCAGCUUACUGCUCAACUUCUUGCUAGCAGCCUUUGAUCCGGAAGGACAUGGUAAAAUUUCCGUUUUUGCAGUCAAAAUGGCCUUGGCGACUCUUUGUGGAGGAAAGAUCAUGGACAAAUUAAGAUAUAUAUUCUCAAUGAUUUCAGACUCCAGUGGAGUGAUGGUUUAUGGCAAAUACGACUUGUUUCUGCGAGAGGUUCUCAAGCUGCCCACGGCUGUUUUUGAAGGGCCUUCAUUUGGCUAUACAGAGCAAUCAGCAAAAUCUUGUUUCUCACAACAGAAAAAAGUCACGUUAAACACUUUCUUGGAUACUCUCAUGUCUGAUCCCCCGCCACAGUGUCUCGUGUGGUUACCACUUCUGCAUCGGCUGGCAAAUGUUGAAAAUGUCUUCCAUCCUGUCGAGUGUUCCUACUGCCACAGUGAGAGCAUGAUGGGGUUUCGCUACCGCUGCCAGCAAUGCCACAAUUACCAGCUCUGUCAGGACUGCUUCUGGAGAGGCCAUGCCAGCGGUUCCCACAGCAACCAGCACCAAAUGAAAGAGUACACGUCAUGGAAAUCACCUGCUAAGAAGCUAACUAAUGCACUUAGCAAGUCUUUAAGCUGUGCUUCCAGCCGUGAACCUUUGCACCCAAUGUUCCCUGACCAGCCUGAAAAACCUCUAAACCUGGCUCAUAUUGUAGAUACUUGGCCCCCCCGACCGGUAACCAGCAUGAACGACACACUCUUCUCCCACUCGGUUCCCUCAGGAAGUCCUUUUGCAAACAGAAGGUUACUUGGGGGUAUAAAUGUAGCCAGUCCUGUGGCUGAUGAGCAUUCUCUUAUAAAGCUGUAUGUAAAUCAGCUUCACAACAAUUCACGGUUUUACUGUUAUUAUUGCCUUGGGAGAAUCAGGCCUCAUUAGUGGAAGCUCAUCCUCUCGUACAUCAGAGAAACAGACUUUGACAGCCUUGUUUGCAGUUCUGCUGAUUUCAUAUUAAAUGCUCAGUGAUUCAUGUUACAAUAAAAAUUGCACAAACUUUGGGUAAAAUUUCUAGCUGAACAUAAUCAAGGGUAAAUCUGCUGGCUUGUUUUCAUUGCAGACAACUUACGGUUACUUUAAUGUGUGUUGCAAUCUAGUUUAGUGGUUUCAGAUAGCUUUGAAGAAAGUUUUUAUGUAAUUAGAUACUUUAUGCAAAAGAGAAUUAGCACAAACUCUUAUUUGUAGCAUUCCCGUGGUAUUUGUUUCAGAUGGCUGUGUUCACAUAAGAGCAUUGCCAUUCACAUCAAGUUUUUCCCUGUAGCAGGAAAUGCUGAAUGCAGCACACCAAGUCACUCUGCUGCUGGAAAUGAAUAUGGUAGCAUAAAUGCAGCAAAACACUCUCGUCAUUUCUGAAUUCAUGGGUGGACAAGAGGAAAGAACUGGGAAGAAGAAUCUUAUUAAAGAGAAGGUCUUUGAUAACUAGUAAAUACAAUGAUCAAUUGCGGGAGCAGCUGUGAAGAGGCGAAACAUGAUUUGUUAUUUGCCGUUUAAUUGAGCACGAAGCACCAGUUUUGGGUGGAUGCACAAUUAUUCCGAAAUUCAAAGGAAGUCGGAUUUAGGCUUUCCUUGAGAUGCGUCUUAGUUGCUUCAGUCCACCUCAGAAUCACAGUCUGCUUGCUUAGUUUGAGCCAUCAUGUCCGUGAGUGAGUGUUAAUGAGAAGUUUGGCAUAACAGUUGGCUUUCUUUUAAAUAUACACAGUGUGCAAAUUGAUAUUAACAGUACAGUGUGCUCAGCUGAAUCCUUUACUCCUCUCUGUGCAGCUCAAGAACUUUAAAGCACUUAUCUUUGUAAAGAAGCAACAAAAAAUCACUGAUCUUCUCCCAAAUACCAAAUCAUAGACAUUUGUUAUGAUGACAGCUAAUAAGUGAUUAACACUGCAAGAGCUGAUUUGUUUCUACUGUAGCGAAUAUUUUUUUAAUCUCGCAGUUAUUUUUGUGAUCUCUGAUUAACUAGAGGGCAGCAGAACAUUGCUGCAGAGUACGCAUUGCCCUUAGAAACCCAAUGUGCAGGAUGAGUUAAGCCAAAACAAGUAGACUGAGCAUUAUAGAAAUUUCUGUCUAGUCAAGAAGAAUGACACUAUCCCUAGCUGAAUUAACGGUAUCUUCCCUGUUUGGAUUCUUUUGUUCCCCAGCUACAGUCUAUCACUACCAUAAUAAUGGAUACAACCUCUUUCAGUCUCUUUUAAACUGUUGAAUUACAGGGUUUGAGGUGGGAUGAGAUGAAGCAGAAUGGCUUUUCUUGCAUUUUUUUCAGUGCCCCCUAGCAGCUGAUACAUUUAGUUCUAAAGGUAUAAUCAACUGGAAUAAAUGGAGUGAUGCAGUACAUUCUAGUAAAGUUGAAAUUAGUCAGUAAUUCUGUGGUAGACAGAAAGAAUACACUGUGAUAUCAAAUGUCCGUAACCAAUGAGAAAUGGAGUGUUAUUUAAUGCUGAGUCAGUGUAGAUGGUGCCUUUUUUGAUUUCCAGAUAAAACCUUAAAAAGAAUUGGUUAUUCAGCUUGGAUGUAGGGCACUGAGAGAUUAGGCCAAAUUUCUGGACGAUAACUCUGGAGCAAAGCAUACUCGUUGCCUUUCUUGUUCAUGUUCAUAUGUCUGAGGAGCGUAGUAAACUUGAACUGUCAGUUGCCUUUGCAUGUUUUUUUCAGAAAAAAGAUGAGAAUCCUCCUUGGAUUUUGUGGCCAGUGUUCUGUCUGCUAAAGGCAGGGUUAAUGUCUGGUUGUUUCAGUGGUCGGGUAGGCUCUAAAGAGAGUAUAACUUUUUCACAAAUCUUGUUAGGUGUACAUCUGUGUAAACAUCUGCCCAGAGGUGGAGUUCUUGUCUCUUAGUUCAGAUAGGAAAACAUUCUUCAGCAGCUCAUUGUAACAGGAACGUGUCUUAGAAAAAUAUAGUCCAGUUUGUUGGAUCCAGACAAAUUCACUGUGGCCAAAACAAUUUUUGUAUUAUUAGUUGUAUUUAGGGGAAAUUAUGGAGGAUGUAGGAGGCUGUAGGAGACAAGGAAGGACAAAUGUUGUCUCUUCCAAAGAAGGAAAUUGAAGGUGGAAAUGGACAAAAAUUGAAGAAGUUAUGUAAGUGGGAGCCUAACCUUGCUGUCCAACAGUACUGAAGUUAUGAAAGAAUUGGUAAGCUCCUGGAGGAUAAUAAACUCAUGAGAAGUAGCCAGCAUGGAUUUGUCAAGAACAAAUUAUGUUAAACCAAACUAAUGUAUUUAUUUGACAAGAUAACUGGUCUAGUGGGUAAAAAAGAAGAAGCAGAUAUGAUACAGCUUGACCAUAAAAAGACUUUUGACAUUGACCCCAUAUGACACAAAAGUACCCAAAGGAAAUAAGAGCCUAGGGAAAUUAGUAUAAAGUCAGUGCACAAGUGGUUGAAAAUCAGUAAUUAAAUUUUCAAAAAGUUUGCUAUCAUUCUAGGAGGACGUAUCAGCUGGGAUUCUUAAAGUCUAUCCUCCAUCAGACACUAUGCACUAUUUCUUGUAAUGACCUACUUGGAGCAGUAGAGUGAGUGUAUGCAAUUUGUAGAUGGUACAAAGGUUGAAACAGUUAUGGAGAGGAGUGCUUGGAGAGCAAUUUCUAAACUAAAAAAGGAGCUCAAUUGCAAGGGUAGUAAUUGAUGUCUAAAUGAUUUGAAAUCAGCUAGAGGAAACUCAGUAAUUGUAAGUGUUAUAGCAAGGAAGCAAAUAAUCAAAUAGAAAAUGGAGCAUAGUUGAAUGGAGAGAAAUAUUUUAACAGAGGAUCUAGCAGUUGCAGUGAACCACAAACUAAUUGGAGUCAGCAAUAUGAUUGUUAGAGUGCAUCUGACUGGGACAGCGUGUAGAAAUCUAUGAAAACUCAUUACCCAGAGGAGGUGGCGUCUGGAGCUUGUACCCCACGUAGGGCAUGGUACUGGAACAAAUGUGCUACUGAGCAUGACAGAGUCCAUCAGAGAUGCCCAAGUAUAAAAAAAAAGCUUAGAAAAUAUAGCUCCUAAGAAAAGGUUGGAUGCUAAUACGUUUAGGCUAACAAGAGGGAAAUAGAGAUGAGAACAAUUGUCAAGUUUGUUUGCUGGUCCCUCCACCCUAAUUAUGUUGCUUUGGGGCAUAGGCGAGUUUAUGCAUGAUAGAGGGGACAUCACACUGUGCUGCUAGAAAGCAAAGUUUGAAAUCUUCCCUGCAGUCUUCAGUCUCCAAUUAUGGCAACAAAUUUAUCUUUAAUUAGGAACAAAUUUUGCAUUUUUUGGCUGGAGGGACACAUUCUGUAUCUCCUUAAAGCAUUUUCCUUCUGUAACUGGGAAUAAAACACUGAAAAAUGUAUCCUUCUAGACAAAAUGGAGCAUGCUUUCCUGCGCGCACAUUACUUCUGUAGAAGCACGGCACACGUAAACAGCAUGGACAUAGAAACUAGAAGCAAGUUGUUUUGUUGGUUUUUGUUUGUUUUCUGUGUUAUAUUGCAUUUCACUGAGCUAUCCUUCAGAUUUAGUAUAAAACAGUAGGGCUUGGAUUCUUGGGACAGCUUUUAGUGCCAUCUUUUUCAAAACCCCAUGGAUAACCUUGAUCUCCCGUAGCAGGGGGAGAAUGGCACACAUUUCAUCUUAGAGGACUCUUUAUUUGUCCUAAUAUUAAAGUUUUGCUCUUCAGUCCACCAGAGCCACAUCUGCUCAAAUUCAUCAUGCAUCACACUUUAUGCAGAAUAAUCUGCCUACACACACACACACCUGGAAGCACAGGUGCAUGCAUGCUAACACACAGGUCUUCUGAUCAAAAAUACUUGUAGUAUCAGUAGCCAAACCCCCAAAAGAAAUUCUAAAAGCAAGAAAGUAAAAUAUAUUUCUGUUUAUCUGUCUAUAACCAGAAAUGCUGUAGCAAGAAAGAAAAACUAACAUUGAAAUUUCCCUGCUUUUAGCCAGUGUUAUCUUAAGAAGUUGUUAACAUUAUUAACCCUAUUUUUGUACUGGAAAAGAUGCAGUUACUGCAGUCGAUUAAAUGUAGUAAUUAAGAAAAAAAGUGGCAUUAUGCAAUUAGACAAUUGAGGUUUGAUGAACAGAAUCAACAGAAAAACAAAACAAAAUUGAUGUUUCCCAUUACUACAUAUAAAUAAGCAGAUUUCCAUAGAUUAUUGAAACCGCCUCAUGGCAGGCAUGGAGAAAAACAAUUUGGCUGUUAUGAGGAAGUUUUCCUAGCUUGGAGGCUGCAUUUCAGGUAAUGUUUACAUCGUACUCUACCUGCAAACUGUACAAACCUCUAGCUCUCCGUUUGUGAGAGAAGUACAUUUUGUUUCUCUUUUCUAUAGUAAAGGCUUCAUAGUUUGCUUUUGGAGAGCAGGAGGGAAAACUAAUUCCUGACUUCACGUUUCUGAAGUUUUCUAACAUUUCUUUAAAGCUCUGUGUUUUUCCAGUCUAGGCUUCUUGAAUGAGUUUCUCCAAACUGUUCUGUAAUAAAUGUCAGGCUUCAGUGAUUACCCUCUUCUUAGUUUUCCUGUCUUAUUAACUAGCUGUCCCUCCAAGAACACUGAAGUAGAGCAGAGCAAACUGCUGGCUAGGGCUGCUCCAGCUUUCUUGAAAGGCAAAGGGUAAGUUAAAGAGAGAGUAUGUUCAUAGCUUGCACUAACACAGCUAAAACAGAAACUUCUCCUUACUUCCCUGUUUUUAAUAUUUUCUCUAAAAAUUCUUCUUGAGAAGAUUCUAGUAACCAAUUAACCCUGUGAGUGCUAUAGGGCAUGCUUAAGUGUAUUUAUGUGCAUCUGGGUGCGAGGUCUUGAUCAGACACUUACGAGCAAAUCCAGCUUGUGAUUUCAGUAUGUUACUAUCUGUGUAACAGACAUAUAUUUGAUGUAUUUAAACUCUACAGAAUAUACUGAAACAAAUAGAGCUGACCUCGCAAUCUGCUUUAUUUUAAAAUAAAUGGUUCUGCGUAGCCCCAGUCCCUGGCCUGAUCUGGCAUCUCACUGAUUACCAUGGCUGGCUCUGUACUUGAGUUGGAUUCUACCAUCCUAAGCCAUUAAAUACAAAAUAUGUAAAUUACAGCAAUAACAAAAUAAUUUCUGCACUCGGUAUUUUUUUCCUGAGAGCUUUUAAUUAUUCGUUCCUACAUUCUCGUUUCGCAAUCUCACUUGCUCCUGCUUUCUCUGUUUAUUUCCCUCUGUCUGUCCGGACUGCACCCUCUCUCCCCGACCCCAUUCCAGGUUACAGUACAGCCUCGAUGUUGCAGACAGGCUGGCCGAUGAACACGUGCUCAUUGGGUUGUAUGUCAACAUGCUGCAGAGCAACCCCGCACGGUUAGUGCAGGUUUGGCACUUUUGGGGGAUCCAGGAAAGGGACGCUGGUCGGCCACGUGCUCUCCUCAUGGCUACCCAUGAAGCAGUUUUUUAUGAGCACUAACCUAAAGGAAACGUGUAUGCUUGUGGGGUAUGUCCUCCCAAAGCUGGUGGAUCGUGGCAAUUGCUGUUUUAUCUCUAGCGACACUAAAUAGCGAGGUAUUGCGAGUAAGUACUUGAUUAAAGAGUGACUUUACAAACUGGUUUGGGAUGCCACACACCAGUCAGUGCCGGACAUGUCAAUGGUAAAGAAGUGUUCACACAACAGUGACUUUGAUUUUGCAUUGAUGAUACAUAAUUCAUAGCUUCAGCUUACCUUGAUAGUAACGAUGAUAGUAGUAUGUAAAUAAUGCUAAUAAUAGGAAUUUGCUUAUUAGCCUGCUGAAGGAAGGAGUUCAUUUCAAUUUUUACUUAUGCUAGGCAUUGUUUUUACAUCUACCUGAUUUCUGCUAUGUUUAUGUGCAUCUUGUAUAUACAUAUAUAUGCACCUUCUAUUUCAUCCAGUUUCAGGUAUGAAAGGUUUUUAAAUGGGUGCCUUGAACGUAGUUCAUUAUUUCUGUGGGAGGGAGUACAGAGCCCGGUGCUCCAUGCUAUUUCUAAAGCCAUGUGCUGUCCUAAUGCUGGUUGCCAGUGGCCUUGCAGCUGGUCACCCCCAGGAGGGAACGUGCUGGCUCACCUCUCCAAGAGUAAAUCAUAACGAACCCUUCAGUUUCUCCUACUGCUACUGCAGAGAAUUUCCCAGGUUAGAAACUCCGUGUACACUCUUAUAUGUAGAGAAGGCAAUCAGCAGCUUCUUCAGGGAGGGUGGAUGCAAUGAUUCUCUACAACCAUAGAAAAUUCACUUUUGUGUGUGGUUCCAGUUGAAAAUGAUGGUAAUUUGCCAUGUAGCUAUGCCCAGUGGAGCAGAGAAUCUGCUUUCGUUGUUCUGGAUCUGCUUCUCUACUCUGCAUCCCACUAGAAUUCGCCAGUGGGGAGAAAAAAAAGGCAAACUGAUUUUUAGAGAAGAAAAUGAAAACCACUUCCGCAAAGCAAAAACAUUUUGAAUGGGGAUUUCAUUCCCAAAGCUUCCAGAAAGCAAGCCAAUGUAAUAAUAUCUACAGAGUGGCCGUGCAAAUAAGCUGCUGGGGCAUGUGUUUAGAGCAGCCUUUGCCCACUUAUGAUUGAAGAGAACAUGAGGACAUUACCAUUAGGUCUAGUUUGAUGGAGGAAAGAGGAAAUGUUGCCCUGCCUACCAUGAGUGACUUACUCAGUAAGGUGAUUCAAGAGGCUAGCAUAGACUGGAUGUGGUUUAGGGUCAUUUGUGGUGGUGUGCUACUGAUGCCAUACCUGUGAUUGAUAUAGCUUCAGUGAGGAAGAUCCCUUUGUGAGUGCCCAGCAUCAUCUUUACCAUCUUCAUCCUCCAAAUUUUAUCCAGUGUACUCCAACCUGUUCUUUCAAGCCUGUGGACCCACCUCACCAAGUCAUAAUACAUAUUUGUAUUCAAAUAUGGACAUAAAAUCUAUGUGCCAUAGCAUCCUUCAAAUGUCAUGUUUUUAAAGGAUGAAUGGACAGUGGUUGAUAAUGGCCUUAAUUACUAGAAUAACUGAUGCAAAGUAUAGUACGUAGCAUCUGAUUGCCAACUUUAAAUCACUGCAGUCACAGCAUCCUCAACUAGAAACAAUCUCUGUCAUUUAUACGAGAUUCCAAUUAGAUUUUGACAGAAACAUAACUGAGAAGAACAGCAGUGUUAGUCAUGCAGCAAACCAUGCUGCACUGUCAAUUUCUGCUCAGCUGCAAUGAGACUGAUCAUAAACGGAAUGGUUACAUUUUGGUUAAGAUGAGAAGAACAAACAAAAUGUUGUCACUGGGAGAGGUAGGUGAGUUCUCUGCAUCAUCUGGGGCAACAUCCUCAGGAAAAUGGGAAUUCCUCCUGUCCCAGUCCCAGCGUGGCUGGAUGCAGUUUGCUCAAAACCCACGCAGCUGUGUUGGGAUGGGGCUGAGUUCAAGCUCAUUGAUGCUGCAGCUCAAGAUGUGGUCACUUGAGUAAAGCAUACAGCUAAUUGUAAUCAGGUAGCUCUGCAGCUAGCCAGCUCAGCCUUUGGGUCUUCCCACAACAUUGUGUGUAUGCAAAGCUCUGUGUGCCACGGCAUGCUUUCAGGUGCUGCUGGCAUCUGUCGAUGAAAAAGGAAUGGUUGGAGGUGGACCUCUGUCUUAAAGAAAAAUACAAAUGUACUUUGUGAGCACAGUACAUUUGUGUAUACUGACAGCUAUAAAGUAGUGUCUCAAAAAAGAACAGGUUAGCUUUUUAGAUAAUGACUCAGGCUUAUUUUUAUUAGCUAAUGAUCAGCUAAUGAUCCAGUAUAGUCCAGUUAAUAUUUUUGUCUGUUUAAGUGUAGCUGGUAUUCAUAUUUGAUUUUUUGAAUUAUUUUUCAGUGUUUAUCUUUGUCUUCCAUCUGCAGUUACUUGAUACUGGAACGAGAAGUACAAGUUUCCUUUCCAUCUCUCACAGGCUAAUAAGCUACUUAAGGUUUUAUUUAGAAUCCAAUACUCCAGGGCAAAUUAAGAAGCAAGAGAAGGACUAAUUCAUUAUUUAUAGUAGCUGUAUGGGUAAAAAUAGCACCCCCUAGCCAGAUGCUUUGCUUGUUUUAUUCUUAAAGUGUGUUUUAGAGUGUAAAAUCAAUAGAUGAUAUUUAAUUGUGUUCAUUUUUAGGGUCUGAUGCUGAAAGAAAAGCUUUUAGCUGCUCCUCUUUGUUCUCAUAAGUUAGAGUUUCUACUUGGUUUUGCAUAUCAAUUUCACAUAUUCCAGUCUUUCUUUGGAGUUGCAGAAUAAGAUAAGAUAAUAUACAUUAUGAGGAGGAGGGUAUUUUUGUUCCAUAGAAAGCUGGCGUGUGGAUUUUUUGUUAUGUUGUUUAGUAGUGUGGUGAGUCAUAUUUCUGUACUAUAAAAGUGCCAUGUUAUUCCAUGUUAUUUUAGAAGAUGUUUAUUACAGAAGAGUGCAGAAGUGCUAACUAGCUUGGAAGGCUGGGCUCACUUUGAGCUAGCUGGGAAGAAAGUAAAGUGUAUCUCUGGGGCAGCUCAGCUUCACGGCUUCAGAAUACUGGAGCUGGGUUUCUGCUUUGAGUCUUCCCAUGAAAGAGGAAAAAAAAUCAGACCCUCUGAUGAGAGAGGAAAUAUAUAGACACCAGGCUCCCUCGAGUGGAAUUAUUUUCUAUGAUUAGAUCUGCAUACCUUAAUGAUACUGACAUUUCUGUGGUAAAAUCUAGGUGAUUCUCAUGUAAAUUGUGAUGUAACAAAGCAGAGAGCUGAGUUGAUACAACUCAGCUUUAAAGGCCUUCAGACCAGAACAAUUUUGGAAGGGUCACAGGUAAACAAGCAUUAAAGUGCAUUGGUGGGUUACAAUUAGAACAUUGUUCUUGUAGCACUAAUACUUAGAAACCUAGCAUUUAUUUUGUCAAUAUUUUUCAUAGUACAUUAUUCAUUUAUUAACUGAGUGAAAGUUUGCAUUCUGUAGAGCAAGAGCACAGCAUGCAGGCUACACUGAUUCCAGUAUUGCACAACUUUCAUGAGAGAAUGGCAAUUCUGAGACUUUUCAAGCCAUUGAUGACAUAGUUUUAAGAAUGUCAGGGACCGCUGGAUCCCUAACACCCAGUGCAGGGCAUCUACUGCUGAAUGGGCUGAUUGGACACAUCUAAAGCAUGGGAAAUAGCCAAGGUGUUUGAGUGUCACUCCUCUUCCACAGGCUAUCAUUCCUGUGCCUGGAGUUUUGAGAUCCUUCCUCAUGGAUCUCCUUUAGCCUGUAAAGUAUUAUACAGAAGAGCAAAAGCCUAAAAAAGAAGUCCUGUUUUAAAAGGAAUAGCAUUGGUUAUUGGUCAGACCAAUUACUGCUGAUAAUUAUCAAAUCAUAAGAGAAAUGGUCACUAAUGAAGAAGCAGUGUUAAAACAACUGUUUAACUUUUUUUAGACAAGACUCAUCAGCAGGCUGUUUUUAUGUGGUGAAUUUCCUUUGAAUGGACGCCUGUAAGAUUCUCUUGAGGAUCCCACAUUCUACACACACAUUCUUAAUAUUUUAAAGCUUGUGUGUUUUCAGUGUAUCAUUUUCCAUGCAGUUGUUGAAGUAAAAACAGAAGUGAAUUAUGGCAAAUUGGAAAUCUAAGACAUGAAAGUCUUGGCAUCUGAGGCUAAUGCGGCUGUACAGACCUCUGUGCUUAAUGAUCACACGGAAUAGGUAUAUUUCAGAAUUAAAUAUAUCUCAGACAUUGAAAUUUAAUUUACAAAGAGUUGAGGCCACUGAUUUCUGGCAUUCAUCAGCCAAAUUUGGUGCACUGCUGCAUUAAUUUUAUGACAUCUGCCUACACAUAACUGUAUAUCAAAGACAUAAAUAGUGAGUGAAAAUCAAAAAGCAGCAAAGCCUUGAUUCUUUCAGUGAAGUCAUUGUUUCAGGGGUUAGCUCACAUCCCAGAAUUAUGCUGCAGAGUGUGUUGUGCCAGCAAGUGGAACCAUAAUCUAUUAUUUUUCCAGGAUGGAUAAUAUAGUUGCACAUUGCUGUAAAGAGGAGAACUGAUGCUCAACGCUUACUGUUUUCACAGCCAUCUGUUAGAAUGUUAUGUUUUAGUCAUUAAGGAAAAAUUAAAAAUGAAUUUUAUUGUCAUGAAAUUAAUCCUUAUUACCUGGUUUGCAUGAUUGUUUGUAGGAGUUGCUUCUCCUAUUCUUUCUCUGGAUGACAUAUUGGUACAGUAGGCACAGGCAUAUACGAAGAGCGCUAUUCAUGGAUUUAGAAAGUUCAGAAAACACCUUUAGCUUGAGUCUUUCCAGAACGUAACUCCAUUGUAUGUUGUCAUCCUGCAAGAAUCUGAGUAAGAACAGAGUUAAGCUAUAUGUGCAACAAAAGAAGUUGAAUAACCGAAACAAAAAAAAAGCACAAGUUUAGGUUGCAUAGACCCUCUCAUGUCUGACUUCUCAUAGCUUUAGUGUUUUUCUAAACUUCAUGUUUGUGGCCUCACAGGUUAUUGUCAGAAUGAGAGAAAGAUGUUUCUCUCUUUUCCCUUACCUCAGCAAGUCAUAACAAAUCCACAUGACUCCCAGCUUUAGUUUAAUGAUCAAUGAAUAUCAACAGCUACUCAUCUUUCCAACAUAACUUCUAGAUCCCAGUGGACUUAAUCAAGCCAACCAAAAGAUGCACAUUGUAUUUCUUUGAGGAACCUGGGGAUAUGAUCUCACUGAGAAUUUUUGGAGAAAUAUUCCGGUUUUCUUUUAUAUCUGCUGAUUCUUCAGAAGCAGAACUUCUUGCUUAAAAAUGUCUCUCAGUGCUAUUUUCAUCUGGCAGGCUUUUUAGGUUCAAGGAGUAACUUCUAGAAAAAUAACAGGAUAGGAUGCCCAUGCCCUUGUUUUGCACACUCCUUUGAGAUGCGAAACUCAUUUUCUAGCAACAAACUAUGCGUCCUAAUUGGCACAUGGAUAGAGAGGCAUGUGCUUGUCUCCCUUCAGCCAAAACAUCACACAGUUUCCAAGGCAUCAGAAUAGAGGGCAGGCUUGCCUCUGUCCGGGAUCAUCUGCAGGACUGUCAUGUCCCAUGCAGCAAAGCAUUCUUCUCACCUUCUCUUAGCAGCUUCAUCUUCAUUUUUUUUUCUCUUGUAUGUAAUGGGUGUAAUGCAAUAUAGGAUUCUGUAGGAUUAUCCAAGAGCAACAAAGUUCUCUUCAUACUUUGUUUGUUUGUUUUUCUUUUAAUUAGUUUUGGUGGUUCUCUGCAAACUUCUAAGUAUUUAGAAGAAGUAAAUGUUUUCACUGUAUUACAUUUUUCGUGCUCAUCAGACUUAGUAAUAACCUCCAUUUAAAAUAAGGACAGCUGACAAGGGAUUAACCUGUGAGGAAUUUUUGCCUUUGAUAUUGUUACAAAACAAAUUAUAGUAAGACACAAUAUUUUAAAGGAAUUCAGCAUAUUUGCUCUAAGUUCUUACACUUUCUUAGCAGUUUUUGUGGUGGUUUUAUAAGUGACCAAAGCAGACUGUCCUCGUAGUUGGUGCUACUAAACUCCUGCAUCCUGGCAGCAUGAGUUGGGUCCACGUUGAAGCCAGUCCAAGGCUGGGAUCAGUGGGGCACCAUUACGUGAUUCUCUGAAAUCUUAUUCCUAAAUAUCAAGAAAACAAGAAUAAAAGAGAAAGUCUGAAUCUAAGAAGUUCCUAGAUCAGGGGUUCUAAAACUGUGGUCUGGGAGACCUUGGUAAGUGUCCUUCAAAGCUGCCCCUGGGAAUAUACUCUCCCAACUCUCUCCUUUGCUCAAUUAACAUCUGCUGGCGAUGUUUUGUUUCUAAGUUCUGUGAUGAGGGUGCGUGAGUGGACAAAGUGGCAGAGCAGCUGCCAUGCAUACUGUGCACUAACGUGUCUCUUCUCCCUCCUCUCCCACCCU